AUGGCCACCCCUAUCCCCCUUCUCGCGCCGUUAUAUCUGCCAGGGCAGGAACCUGUACCAGCAGGAACAACGCCAGAGGAGCGUGCAGAGAUGCAGCAGGCGAUAAAAUAUCAGAAGAUCCUGGCGGGGGCGCUGGAGAGUUGUCCCUUGAAGGUCGUCAUGUCGGGCGGUGCAGGACUCGGUCUCGGAGCCUUCUUCAGCCUAAUGUCCGCUUCCUUCGCAUACGAAGAUCCCCUCUCCCGGGCCUCGACAAAGCUCGUCGGUACCCGCGCCCAAACCGCAUUCAUGUUCAAAGAGAUGGGCCGGAAUAUGUGGACCACAGGAAAAGGGUUCGGAAAAGUCGGAGCACUAUACUCAGGUGUCGAGUGCUGUAUCGAGGGUUAUAGAGCCAAGAACGAUAUUACGAAUGCGGUAUCCGCGGGGUUCUUUGCGGGUGCGCUGCUCGCGAGGCAGUCGGGAGUCAAGGCGAUGGUGGGCGGAGGAGCGGCAUUUGCGGCGUUCUCGGGGGUGAUUGACUGGUGGUUGAGGAGUCCACCAUCAGAGGAAAUAUGA